GUAGAUUUUGUUGAAAACUGAAAGAGAAAAAUGACUGUCCUAUUGUGCACAUGUCUCGGAUUGCUGUUCAGCUUUCUUCAUUUUAAUGCAGCUGCUGAUGUGCAUGAAGCAAAACAAACUGCCUUGGUUGGAGAGCAUGUGACUUUUCCGUGCAAUAAUAAAGUUCCUCAAACAAACUGCAGUAAAACUACAUGGCUUUAUAUUGAUAAUACUGCCACUGAGCUGGUCACCCAUGGUAAGAUCAGGCCUCGCAACUCAGAGAGGGCAAAGAGAAUGAGUUUGAAGUCUGACUGUUCUCUACAUAUCAAUGACAUCACAGAUGAAGAUGAAGGAUGCUACACCUGCCAACAGUAUCCAGAAGGGGGUGGAAGUCAACUUACAGCGGAGGCCAGAAUUUGUCUGACUAUUAAUAAAGGCAAUACAACAGACAAAAAUGAGAGAACAUCAGUUGUAAACCAAAACAACAUUUGUCAUGAACACAGCGAUGGUGAAGAUGUGGUGACCUACACUGAGCUGAACCACAAUAUAGUGAUACCAAGGAAAGUGGAUAUUGACAAAGAAUACCAAAAAACAGAAUAUGCUGUUGUGAAACUUUCCUAAUUGCUAUAAACAACAGUUUGCUGAAAAGCUCACAAAACACUUCGUUUCAUGCUAAAUAAAUCAUCAGUUAACUUAUAGCAUAAAAUAUGUUGUUUUCAUUGUGUAUAUGACUCAUGAGGGUGGUUGCACAUUACACCCACAGCAUAUACUGUACAUGAUGAUCCCAAUGUGAAUAGUGUCUGUGUGUGGUUUAAAGUCACUCACAAGUCAUAAGUUUUCUUCAACUUCUCCAAAUUUGAAGUUAAAUGAAUCCAUAUAAGCUUUAAUAGUCAUCCAACCAUGUGAGUAGAUGGGAACAACAUUUUCUUUUUACAGGUCCUGAUGUAAUUUUACAUAAACCAAUUAUGGACUUGAGACAAUAACCACAAUAUACAAAGGACAUUGCGUGAUAUGUCCAGCACAACAGUAUACACAGUAUAGUGUACAUAAUACAAAUAAUAGAAAUACUGGUAGUCUCAACUUGACAGUUAACACAGUAUACACAGAACAUGAGGGACACAUAAAAUAAUAUAAUUUAAAGUUAUGUUUCACCUUCUUUACCUGACGGUUUUAUGCUAUACUGGAGCUGUCCUAUUUUUUUACAGAUGGUUUUUUUUUUUUUUCUUCAAUUGAAGACAAAAAUAUAAUUUAUUCUAGACAACAUUAUGUGAGUAAAAUGAAAUACAAAUGCCAGUUAUACAAGAACAAGUUUUACUGAGUUUUAUUCAUCUAUGAGUAUUGAAGGAUUUGGUUUGUUAUUUAUAUGUGACGAAUUGACCCCUAUGACUCAAUGUUGUCAUUAUGUUUUGGUUGAAGAAAUUGGACCACUUUUUAAAUGAAUUAUGUUAGUGAUAAUAAUAAAAGUAAGGACUUUAUUCCAAGAAAUAAAAUAAAAAUUGUGACAUAUAAAAGAUAUCAAAUUAAUUUGAAACACUAUAAAUAUGUUUUAUUAAAAAUGAUCUUUUUUUCAGCAUUUCAUAUCUUAAAAUAGCUCAACUUUUUACCCAUUUUUGUAAGAUUUUCUUACAGUCUAUUGACCAAUCACUUUGAACAAAGGAAUUAGUCAUGAGAAUAUAAAUUGGAAACUCUUGUGGUCACAUCCAAUGGGAAAUAAAAUGCUCAGAGAACAAUUCAUAGAAAAUGUUCAUACCUCGGAAGAAAACGUACUUGUUUUUUUAACUAGAUUGUUGAUCGAAAAUAAGGAAAAGUAGCAUCUGAAAUGUGUUUCCUAAUCUCCAUGUUCCUUUGAUUUGUAUUUGGUGGUUAAUGAGGUAAAACACUGUUUAAAAGAAAAAUCUGACUGCUUCUGUUUUUGUGAAAGUAGAACCCAUGUUGAGAUGACGCAAUAGGUGUGAAGGGCCUGAUCUUGACUGUGCCUGAGUCCACAUGGCCAAGCUCAAGAACAAAAGGUUGCAAGACUCUCUUGUCUCUGUCCCACAGAUCUUUGAAAACCCCCCUCAAACCCCCAAAAUACACCAGUACAACCCAUACCCCAGCACAUACAUACAACCUCAGCAUGUGGCAGACUACCGGAGCCGGCCCAAUGUUGCUCCAUUUGCAUUUUAAGCACAGGAUGGAAAGAGAACACUUGAGGUGUUGUAGCAAUGGCUCAUCUGCACACUGACAUUACAGCAAGCAUAUAAUAUUGCAGCACAUCAUCCCUUAUGUUUUAAUAGAGUUGGGGUACUCGAGUUUGACUCAGACUUGAGUCCGAGUCACGAGUCCAAUUUUAAUGGACUUGGACUUGUCACGGACUCAACUAAGGUGGACUUGUGCUCAACACUACGUUUUAACUCAUAGAACUUCUGUUAUCACAAGUAUCACACAAGUUUUUACAUAAAAGGCUUCUUUUAUAAAGGCUAAGUUGCGUUUUCUGGGGCCGGUUUGCAUAAACAUAGUCAUUAACUUAAGACUUCUUCCAAUAAUUAGUCUGACUUGCUAAAGAUGCCACAGGAAG